AAUGUACUUGAGUUGCCUUUAGUGUGAGUGUACUCUCGUUUAGAAUUAGAGUCUAUUGUAUUCUGUUCGUCUGUUCAGAUUUCAGAACCUUCUCAUACUUUUAUCAGUUGUCUAGUCUUCCAAAUUUUGCAAUUUACUUCUUGUAGUUUUAAGACGCGUAAUUUAAUUUAUUGUUAAAAAUGUCGACUCCGUGGGCCAAAAUCCAACCAAUAGAAGGACCAGUCAGUUUAUUAGAGAUAGCUUCUGAACAACUUGCAAACAGUUUACAAGAAAAAGAACUAAGGAAGUGUAAGGUUGAACCAGCAAAAGAUGUAAAUAUUCAAGAUUGCACAAUAUUUGAAAUCAAUGACACAGACAGUGACGAAGUGAUUGCACACAUGUUGCAAGACCAAUACAACAAGCAGCAUGAUUUAAUGCUGAAACGUACAGAAGAAAAGUUCAAUCGCGAUUCUAAAGUUAAUAUUACCUACACAAACUACCGAAUGUCUUUGUCAAACGAUCAAGAUGAGAAAGAUAGUACAGAUAUUGAAGAUACAAAGAGGGAUUUUGAUCGAUUUGUAAGUAUAGAAAAAGAGUAUGCUUCAAUUCCUCGUAGUGGAUAUAAGAAACUAGGUGAAGGAUCUCAGAUUGUUACAAAACAUGACAUGCUAAUGUCUUCAAGGAUAAAUGCCUGUAGAGUUCUACAGUUUCCUCCUGGUAUUCAUACAGGAGACACAGGAGGAUUCGAUGUCAAAUUAAAUAAUAAAGUGUUCAACAGCUUACGAGCCCAUAGUCAUGCUCAGUGUUCCAGACAAAAAGCCAAAGCACGACCACAUAUAAAGUAGAACAAUAAAGUAUCUUGUCCAUGUAAAUAACUCUUUAAAAACAUGUUUAAAUUUGUUCAAUACAUUUAAUUGCAUACGAUUUUUACAAGAAUUUCCGUAUAAUUUAAAUUCAGGAAAAAUAUUCAUUGUUAUAUAGAUUUUUUUGCUGUGUGCUAAGUACUGAAUCCCAGAGAAAGAGCUAGUAUUGGAAGUAUUGAAAUAUAAUUAUUUUUGACAUUAAGACUUUAUUAAAUGCUGUAAAAAUGUCGACGUUACUAUAUUGUAAUACGAGACUUCAAAAAUAAACAACCGAAAUGGUGUUUUCAAUAAAUAAA